UGCAGCUAUCUCCAGCUAUAGCUUCACUUAGCUGUUGCGGAGGACAACGGCUAAGAGCCUUAGCCGGAGAUUUUAAACCUUGGUUACCACCUAUAUCAGCUCAGGUACGGCUACCCCUCUCCCUUUCUGUUCUAUUGCAUUUUUUUCUGGCCAUGGUUGUUUGCUGUGCAGUGACCUGUGGCUGUUCGAUGAAUUACUCACAAGGAACAUGGCCAAAAUGAAUUACUUUAAGUUUGAAUCUGUGGUUGAUGUGUGUUGUUGUCGAAAACUGAAUCUUUAUUGAUCUGUGUUGAUGAGUUAUGAUGCCAUAAUCUUGUGGUUGGACUCCACUGAACUGCAGGGCUGUUCAAUGAUUCAAGUGCAACUAUGCACUACAAACAGGUUUCUGAUCUGACCAUACCAUGAAACUUCACAAAAAAAAAAGCAAUGAACAGAUAUUGCUAUCCGAAUUUGAGUUAUAUGAAUUUGUUGACAUAUUAAACAGUGGAGGUUCAGAACUGUAUGUGAGAUGUGGAGGAGGAGAUUUGGAGACUUGGAGGAAGCAAUAGCUAGCUACUGAUGCAUGGUUUUAUUUGAAGCCUUCCUCUCUUGUCUUGCUGGUAAAACACCCCUUGUUGUCAUAUAAGGAAUAUAAAACAUAAUUUGGCCUAUGACAGUUAAGACCUAUCUAGGAACUGCAUGUUUAGGUGAUAGUAAGUGCGAUUUAUGUGUAAAGCACAAUGCUAGAUUUAAUACUUGAUAGAUGACAGUGGACUGGACUGCCUAGGCUCUCAAUGUUGCUUAUGUGCUUGCAAUGUUUAUUCAACUCUAUAUUUUUACUUGCCUUCACUAAUGCAUCGUACCUCCAUUUUCCGAGGGUAAGUAGUCAUUCCUACCAAAACCUACAUUUCCUGGAACUGGAGCUGAGCUGUAAACCAAACAAGUGUAUCAGCUUCACGGUGGGAGGCCACUGGUGCUCCAAAUUUGUGUUUUCAUAGCUAGAGUUUUCUUAAACAGGUUCAAACGAGUCCUCAAUUCAGUGUGACCAGAAACAGACGGAUAUAGGAGCUAGCCUUCUCAAUCGUGCCACUGAUCUCAUCAGUGGAAAGUGCGUGCGGGCGCUGGUGAGAUCAGGAUUCGGGAGGACCACGUGCGCAGGGAGACCGUCCGGCGAUGUUCGCGACGGCGGCGCGGUGGGCGGCCAAGAAAGGGAAGCCCAAGAUGGCGCCGAUCGAGCUGACGACGCCGCCGGAGCAGGCGCAGUCCAUCACGCGCGCCAUCUUCGACGUCGUCCGGGAGCACGGCCCGCUCACCAUCUCCGACGUCUGGGACCACGUCAAGGAUGUCGGGCUUCGAGGUCUGACGAGCAAGAGGCAGAUGAAGAUCAUGCUGCGGUGGAUGAGGGAGCGCCAGAAGCUGAGGCUCAUCUGCGACCACGACGGCCCGCACAAGCAGUUCCUCUACACCACCUGGUUCACCAACCCCAGGAACGCGCCGCAGAGGCCCAAGCCGGAGCUCAAGGCCAAAGCAGAGAAGCUCCCCACUUUCCCUUCCUCUUCUAAGCAGCCGUGACGAGGAGACAUCAUUAGACAUGUGCAGGUUGCCUCCGCAAUUCUGUGCUCUCUGCACUUGUUUCUUUCUGCUGUCCUGGCAUAAUGUUCGAUGACGCGAAUUUAAGCUUGUUGUGGCUAUAUUGUUCUGUCCAAACUUCAAACACGUAACCACUGUCUAUAAAGUUGCAUGAUUAAUCUG